ACCACCGAUUCAACCGUCUCGAAGCUGCUGCUCUCCGGUCAGUUACUACAAAAUGGCUGCAGAGGCUCCGCCGCCAACGAAAACCUCCUGAACGCUUCAUGCUGUGAGAAGAAGCAAAAAAACACGAGAAGAGAACCAUUUGAUGGAAGAUAAGAAAAAGAAAAAGCAAGAAGAGAAGAAAAAGAAAGAAGCUGCUCAGAAAAAGGCCACAGAACAGAGAACCAAAGUGCCAGACUCUGCCAAGCAAGACCCCACCCCUCCUCCCCCCAUCAGCCCCAGUGCCGUCCCAUCUGUACCCCCAAGCAGUGGCAAUGGCAAGCGCGCCCCCUCUGGAGGUCAGCCGCAGACAGCACAGCAGCCCCAGAAUCUGCUCCAGCAGCGCUACCCGCCAAGAGAGGUGCCCCCGCGCUUCCGCCAGCAGGAGCACAAGCAGCUGUUGAAGAGGGGCCAGCCUCUGCCCUCCGGGACUCUGCCUCUCUCCACGACGGGACGUCCCACCACUACUGAACCUGCAGCAGCAGUAGCCAUACACUCCUCUCUCUCCUGCUCCUCUUCCUCCACAGCCAGCCUGCCUACAGAACUGCCCCCACAGAGUGGCCAGGGAGCACAGUAUGAUAAUCCCCUCUGGGGACACCUGCCAGCCAACAGGAGUGCUGCAUCUUCCACCAAUCUUAGUGGCUGGGAUCAACUAGUCAUUGAGCGGAAGGACACAGAGGCUUGGCCUUCUAUUACCCUCAGCCAGAGCCAGGCCCCUCCAGGAGGAUGCCCUUUGGACACUGACCCUGGUCGCUUGGCCAGCAGCAGCAGCAGUAGUACUAGUAGUAGUUGUAGUACAGUGAGUAUGGCCACGGGGGCCAAUAGCCAGACAGGCCACUUCUCUGCCAACCACCUUAGCAGCAAGGUCAACAGUGGGCCCAGCCCUGCCAAUCAUACUGGAACCAGCAUGCUCUCUAGCCAGGUUGCAGCCAAUCGCAGCUGGGGCUCCGGGCCUGUACCCUCCCAUUGCCCCCCUCAGUCCUCAGUGGGGAGUGAAGGGAAGAAUGAUAGCCCAGCGGGGGGAGGAGGCAGCAGGGGCUGGGGGUCUUCUUCAUCAUCCUCCACCACAAACUUUAACUUGAACCUAAACCCAAAUGCCAACCCGUCUGCCUGGCCCAUGUUGGGACAUGAUGGGGGUGGCGCAGGGGGAGGCAGCUCAGGAGGAGCCAACACCAUUUCACCUCCUCAACCUACACCCAACCUCUGUAAUCCACCUGGCCCCCCACCAGCCCAGCCCAGCAGCUGUACCGGAGUCAACACUAACAGCAACUCCACGGGGAUUGGCAGCGCCUGGGGUAGCAUGAUAGCCUCUGACACUUCAGAGCCACACCCCUCCCCGUCCACGAAUGUGUCUUUCAGUUCAGAACCUCAGAACCUUAAAACUGAUGGACCAAAUCACACUAAUAAGCAGGAACCCCCCAGCCCCAUCCGCAACUUGCCUGGCUGGGGUACUGCACCUGUUGGCUUGGGUUCCAUGGGCCAGACACCCACAGGGGGCCAACAGCUCAAUGGAGAAGAUAAUAGCUCAGUAUGGGGUAACAGUGGCGACUCAAAGGCACCUUCAUCUAAGGAGGCACCUGGAUGGGACUCUGGCUGGGGCCGUGGAGGAGGUGGAACAGGAAAAUCUGGAGGCUGGGGUGACCAGUCUGGUGGAAACUGGGGGAAGCAGCACACUGAGGAGGCCCAGGGAGGCUGGGCUGCCCCUAGCUCUCCUCCCCAGGAUCCACAGGCUAGUCCUUGGAGCAGACCAGUGAGCACAGCUGCUGUAAGUGAAGGGAGCAAUGACGGCAUGGAAGGACAUUCCCAGCAAAGAGACGCCUCACCCAGAGAUAAUCCAGCUCCUCCGGUGCCUGCCCAGGAUUUGGACCCCAGGGUGUUGUGUAACACUGGCUGGGGACAGACUCCUGUUCGCCAGCACACAACCUGGGACAUGGACCAUUCUAAACGCAAGAAUGAUGCAGCCGCUGAUUCAUGGGGCUCUGGCCCAACCACUCCAAGCGACGCUCAGGGGCCCUCCAACACUAACAUGGGCCCCUCUCAGAGGGUUGACCCUGGGAGCAAAAAUGAUGUGCCUGGUUCUCAGGGAGCUUCAGGUUGGGGUGGAAGCAUAGCUGCUAACAACCAACCGAGCUCUGGUUGGGGAGAGCCACCCAACAACAUUAAGCCCCCUGGUGGCCCGGGUGGCUGGGGCAAUCCACCGACAGGAGCCCCCACGUCCGGUAUACCCAAGAAUGGUUGUCAAUCCUGGGCAGAGGAGAAGUCAACUGGGUGGGAUGAUUCUCGCAACAAGCCAACAUCCCAGGGCUGGGGAGAGCAACACAAAGCAUCCCACAACUGGGGCAAUAGUGGAGGAAGCAAUAAUCCAGGGGACUGGAGAGAACCAGAGGAGAGCAAAAAGAGUCCCCCCAACCCAGGUUGGGAGGGAGAAGCAGGGGGCUGGAAGGAAAAUCCACGAGGUUGGGGAGUGUCUUCUUCAGGACCUGGGAUACCUGCAGCUGGAGGAAAUGGGGGCUGGGGAGAGCCAGUUAGCCAGCGUCCCAGUGGCCCUCCCCAAAACUGGGGGGCCAAGCCACAGGAUGGUCCCAGUGGCCCUCCCCAAAAUUGGGGGGCCAAGCCUCAGGAUGGUCCCAGUGGCCCUCCCCAAAAUUGGGGGGCCAAGCCUCAGGAUGGUCCCAGUGGCCCUCUCCAAAACUGGGGGGCCAAGCCUCAGGAUGGUCCCAGUGGCCCUCCCCAAAACUGGGGGGCCAAGCCUCAAGAUGGACCCAGUGGAAGUAGUGGGGGAGGGAGCAUGGGCUCUUGGGCUGGAUCAGGCUCAGUGAAGCAGGGUGGGAUUCGGGAAAGCAGGAAGAAGGAGUCCUCAGCUGAGCCCACAGGCUGGGAAGAGCCCUCCCCACCUUCAAUCCGACGCAAGAUGGAGAUAGAUGACGGGACCUCAGCUUGGGGCGACCCUGUUACCUACAGCAAGUCGGUCAACCUAUGGGACAGGAACAAACCAGGAAAGUCCCAGGCUAAAGUUAGCACUGGAGGCAAUAACCCCCCAGGCCCCAACAACAAUAACAACAACCAUUCCCACUCUCAUAAUCACCCCUAUCAAGGGCCACCUGCACCUUUACAGAACCACACGCAAAACUCCCAAAACCCAGGGCCCACCAGUGGGCCCAUGGAUCCUGUUGUCCAACACCAGUCUGGGCCAUCUCACAACAGGAGUCCCUUAAUAGCUCAAGGUUGGGGAGAAAUAUCCAGCUCCCACACAAAAUCAGAGAGCUCUUGGGGGGAGGCUGCACCCGCUCCGGUCAGCAGCGACAAUGGGACGUCUGCCUGGAACAAAACUAGCGGGAACUGUGGGGGCUGGGGAGACAGCAACCCGGACAGCUAUGGCAGGGGCAACCCGACGAUGACAUCUGCGUCUUGCAAACCUGCUCCCAAACCUAUGCAAGACGGAUGGGGAGGUGGAGGUGGAGGUGAAGAGCUGAACCUGUCGAGUGGUCAGUGGGAGGCUGAGGAGGGAGACAUGUGGAACAGUGUUGCCUCCCAGGAGAGCAAUUCCUCCUGUAAUUCUUGGGGCAAUGCAUCAAAAAAGGGCCCACAGAAACUCUCCCAGGGAAAGGUCCCGGGGAAGCAAGAAGAUGCCUGGAUCAUGAAUCGUCUCAUCAAACAGCUGACAGACAUGGGCUUCCCUAGAGAUCCAGCAGAGGAGGCUCUGAAGAGCAACAACAUGAGCCUGGACCAGGCCAUGAGUGCCCUGCUGGAGAAGAAGACCGAGCUGGACAAGCGGGGGAUGGGGAUCGCCGGCCACGACUACAACAACGGGCUCAUCAACAAGCCCAUGAGCUGCCCUCGGCCUCCGCUUCAUUCCAAAGACCCCUCGGCAGACCCCCGCUCGCCCUUCAUGGAUAAGAUGCAGAGUGGAAUGUUUGGCGGUGGUGGAGCAGCACAAGCCCGGGCCAUGCAGCAGCAGCAGCAGCAGCAGCAGCAGCAGCAGCCGCCGACGCAGCCGCCUCCUCAGCUGCCAGUGCCGCCUCUCAGUUCCUCUCAGCCUAGUCUACGUGCUCAAGUGCCUCAGUUUCUGUCCCCUCAGGUUCAAGCACAGCUCUUACAGUUUGCAGCAAAAAACAUUGGUCUGAAUCCUGCACUUUUAACCUCACCAAUAAACCCUCAACAUAUGACCCUUCUGAAUCAACUUUACCAGCUGCAACUGGCAUACCAGCGUUUACAAAUUCAGCAGCAGAUGUUGCAGGCGCAGCGCAACGUUUCUGGCCCCAUUCGACAACAAGAGCAACAAGUUGCACGUACAAUCAAUAACAUGCAGCAGCAGAUCCAACAGCACCAGCGUCAGCUGGCCCAGGCCCUGCUGAUGAAGCAGCAGCAACAGCAGCCGCCUCCCUCCCACUCGGGCCUGCAUCCUGGCGGGGGCAAAUCCUCCCUGGAUUUAUUUCCAGGUCACCCCCAGGCUCCAGGCCUCCCUGACCUGCAGACCAAAGAGCCGCAGUCAUCUUCCAACUCCUACAGCUCCUACUCUCUCUCGGGACUGAAUCCAAACAUGAAUGUAAACUGCAUGGAGGUGGGAGGUCUGUCUAUGAAGGAACCCCCCCAGCCUCAAUCGCGCCUGUCGCAGUGGACGCAUACAAGCUUGUUGAUAAUAAGCAUCUUGGUAUCUCUCUCUCUGUCACACACAGCAGGUACCACGUGGAGUACAGACAGCUCCACCAGGACCAGUAGCUGGCUGGUUCUAAGGAACCUCACUCCACAGAUUGACGGUUCGACUCUGCGUACACUGUGCAUGCAACACGGCCCCCUCAUCACAUUCCACCUCAACCUGACGCAGGGCAACGCUGUGGUGCGCUACAGCUCCAAGGAUGAAGCUGCCAAGGCUCAGAAGUCCCUGCACAUGUGCGUGCUCGGGAACACCACCAUCCUGGCAGAGUUUGCUGGGGAAGAUGAAGUGACCCGCUUCUUUGCACAGGGCCAGUCGCUUGGCGGAACAACCAGCUGGCAGGCCUCUCCGGGCGCCAAUCAGACAAGGAUGGGCGGGACCGGGUCCGGAGCCUCCCAUCCCAUCGGCCACUCGCCCCACUGGAACAACAACAACGGCAGCGGUAGCGGUGGGCUGGGAUCCGGUGGAGCAAAGACGGGGGGAGAGUUGCUGUGGGGUGGUGUGCAGCAGUAUUCCAGCCUGUGGGGACCCCCGAGCGGAGAGGAGGGGCGGGUCAUGGGGAGUCCCACCCCAAUCAAUACCCUGCUGCCUGGGGACCUGCUGAGUGGAGAGUCCAUGUAGGACGGAAGAGCCCAGUUGCAACAAACACCCAACAGGAGUAAAAAUCUUGCAAAUCAUUGUGGAGAUAAUCAGUGUGGCUGUAACGGUGAAAAGGAGAGACAAGAGGAGGGCGAGGCUACAUCCUCGCUGCUCACCCUCGCCAACAUCCUCUACUCCUUUUUGUUUUUAAUGACAUUUCUGUUGCAGUUCUUUUGUGAAUCUCGGUGAGAGAUUUUUGGUCACAGUGUUCAGCUUUUACAUUUGGAGACACAGGAAGGAGUCUUUCAUUCAACAAAGAAAGAGAACUUUUUACAGAAAUGAACUUGUGGGAACUCGCCGCUGUGUACUUUAGUUCAAACUGACACGAGAUGCCGAGCUGCCAUCUUUAAACUUGCAUAAUCCCUCUUUGCCUUUUCAGGCAAUCAUACUGCACCUCAGAGAUCCACGAAAAGGCAUCAUUCCCAAAGUAAAACCCUUCAAUCAGAGUGGUUGUCGAACUUUCAGCUGGUCCAGACUCAUUUGUUUCUCUCAGCACUAAUAUUAGCCUUAACCUCUUUCCUGCCCUGCUAUCCUCACUCACUCUGUACUUGGUGAAGAAGCAUACGGACACUUGCACACCCUUAUUUCUGAGCCAGUGAAACCUGAGUGGAGAGUACACGCUGCUGCGGCCCAACGUAAGCAACCGCAGCUCACAACUUCAGUGCAUUUUUGCAAGCAGAUUGAGUUCCCCAACACAAUGCUCAAAAGGGAAUGAUGCAACUCCGUUCGCCGUGUUCAAGCCAUUGUUUUUUGUAUUUUUUUUUUUUUCUUCUUAAAUCAUUGCAAGCUAAGAAAUGAUAUUAUUCAAAUGUGUCUGUCAAUCUUACCCGGUGGGGGGAGGGGGGGGAUUUUGGGUCGUCACAUGUACAGUUAUGGAACGUGAUGGACGACAAAAUGAACCACUGCUCUUACUAAGGAGCUGUAAAGACAAACACUUCAAUGCACCUCAACUCAUCUGCGGGCAACUCGCAGUUUGGUCUCAGUUUCGGACCCUCUCACUGAUGUUGUGGAAAACCUCAAGUCGUAAAUGUUCCCCACUGGUGUGUUUUUUUUUUUUUUUUUUUCCCCCACCAUUUCAAGUGACGUGCAAUAUAAGCCACAGACUCUACCGUCCCAAGCUCCCUACCAUGACCUCUCUCGGAAAGAGAGGAGACUGUAAAGAAUGAUUGAACUGCAAAAACGCUAUCUGCCCUUCACCCCCCCCCCCUAAAACUGCCACUAUUACCCUUCAUCUCCCCCCCAAGAGUGUGUGCGCUCAGGAGAGCAGCAAGCUGGUCUUCAGCCACCUUCUAUCCAAGAUACAAGGAGGUACACACAAAGCACUUCUUCAGCCAGCCUACUCUCCACACGUAUGCCAGUUACUGGUUUUGGGGGAGAGGGAGGGACAGGUGUGUAUGUGUGUGAGAGUGUUCCUGUGUGUGUUUGUGUGUGUGUGUGUGUGUGUGUGUGUGUGUGUGUGUGUGUGUGUGUGCACGCUUGGGGAGAAGGCAUCAAACCAAAAUGAGAGGAGCCGGUUUUCCUUUUUACCCCAGAAGACCAGAUGCCCCUUUUCGUUUUCUUUUUGCCCAAAUUCGCGUUGGUAGAAAAGUUUGAAGCAAAGAUUUGUGAAUAGGUGGUCUAUCAUAGCACUUAGCAAGAGCGUCGCAGCUCGUUAUACCCUUAAUGCCAACAGAUAGAGGAAAGGAGAAGCAACACUGGCAAAUAAAAACUGAAGAAAAAAAAAAAAAAAAAAGACAAAAAAGCAAUCUGCUUAGUGGCUUCUCUAUAUGCUUAUUUUUUAACUUGACAUGGAUGUGAAGAUGUUUUUUUUGUUUUUUUCAAUCCUUCCCUCAAGUCGGUGGGACCAGGAAGGAUGUCAAACAUGGUAGCAAAGUGAAGGGAAAUACAAAGAAAGAACUAACUCAACUGAUGCUGGGUGCAGCAGGGAAAGACCCCAAAGCACCCACCCUCUUUAUCAAAGUAAAUAUCACUGUUACAUUGCAUACUUUGAAAUCUUUAGCCUUGGUGUCUGGAAACACUCGACAUGUUCAUGUUCUACUGGAUCCAGCAGGGAUGAUCGCCAUCUUCUUCGUCCUUUUUUUCUUCUUCUUUGUCUUCUUUCUAUUGGAGGCCCUGCCAACCUGUGUGAUAGUGUGGCCACUGAGUGCCUGCCUGCUGCAGAGUGCAGUGCUCUGCAGCAGCCCUCACCCCGCCCUCCCCCUCGCUCGCUGCCUCCCUGCGGAUCCCUACAGACUGGCUUCCCUCCUCUUCCUCCCCUGGCCUCCAGGCCAAGAGCAGCUCUUUCAGAACUGGCCCACCUGUAAUAAAUUUACUACUACUGCUGCGCCAGAGUCUGUCCUCAGCAACCUCCAACUCCACUCUCUCUCUUUGUCUCUCUCCUGCAAGGAUCACUUUAGCCAGAGAUGGAGGUGUUUUGAUGUGUUGUUGUUUUUUCUUGGUUUUCACUUAUGGAAUUGCCAGUGUGCAUUUUGAUUUGAUUGUUGUCAUGAAGUUUGCUGAUAUUGUUGCUGUUAUCAAUUGAUGAUAUAGAUAAUGAUUGUUUUCAUGGCUUUUUUAAAAUAAUGGUCUUUAUGCAGUGUUCAGCUUCUCUCCUGCCCCUCCCACUGCCUCCGAGGCACAAGCAGUGUGUAUUGAAGAGGUACGCCUCAGCUGUGCAGCAAGGCCAUACGAAACACUGCAGAUCUCAGUCGAAAAAAAGGGUUAGUGGGGGAGUUAGAGCCCGACAGGGGGUUUAUUAAAGAGUCUAUUCAAAUCAGGUGGGCACGGUUGUGUAGUCAAAGGGUCUCCAGGAUAGUGAGCCAACUUCUUCUGUCCAUCCUGGGGCACCUCCACUCUUAUGUUGUCUCAUAACACACACACAUCCUUUAGUGUUGAUGGGCCUCACUCACACUGGUGCUUUAUGUUUAACUCUGGGAGCACUCAGUUACACUUAGAACCACCUCAACUGAUGACAGCCUUCCAUUUCUAUGCAAAGACGAGGAGGUGUUCGUUCACAGCCAUCUAGAAAAUCACAGCCACCCCCCCCCCACCGACACAUCUGCCAACCUUCACUUAUCUCUCAACUUUUACUACCAGGCAGCUUCCCUUGAACCCCCCCCCCCCCCCCCCCCUCCUGCCCUUUGAUUAAAAGAUAAGGGACACUGAAAGAGUCUCUUCCCGGGUUUAGUCUCCCACUGUGUGGACAGAGCUACUAAAUGACACUAAUGGAGGCACUAGUGGUUGGCAAACAGUCACUUCUUCAGUCUUGGGCCAACUGAUCUGCAAAUAUCUACUUCCACCAUAUCCUAAUUUAUCCUAAGCGGGAUGAGACUUAAGUUUCCUUUUAUUGCUGCAGCGGCGUACACCACAAGCUCCAGCUGUAGGAGUAGAAGGGCAGGACAGAUGAAUGGUGCUGGUUUCACCAACAGUGGACUGGAAGUUUAGUGGCGAACCAGGCUGCGGGUGGAGGUGGAGGUGGAGUGGGGGGGGAGGUGGUCCCUGUAUGUGUCUGUGCACUGUUUAUGGGUCACAUCGGGUACAUCUCUUUAAAAACCAAAAACAUCUUUUUCUUUAUCAUCAAGGUUUUUUCGCAAAAACUACAAAAUACAAAAAAAAAAAAAAAAAAAAAAAAGAAUAAGUCUGUUUCAGCUGUGCACUCCGAGGCUGAGGUGCCUGUGCUCUGUUCCCCUGCAAGCUGCCGCCUUCUCACCCCGUCUGGCCUCGUUCUCCGGGGCCACAUGUGGGGAAGCUGUAUCCAGGUGGUUCAUUUUGGACCUCCAACCUGAAGGUCGUGCCAGCAUAUGUAAGACAGGUCGUUUCUGCUCAUCUGGCUUUUGGGGUCAGGGACCCGACAUAUCAGCAGAAAUAGGGACAAACCUCAAGUUAGGUACCAAGUCUUAAAACUUUCGGGAUUUGCCCUCUUCCAGAGUCGCUUAAGACUCAUUCAACAAAACAAUCACUAUUGCCUGUGUUGUCUGUCUGUGUGUUUGUUCGUUCCUAGAAAAAAACCUGCAUUAACUCCACACUGGACUUGAACCAAGCAACUGGCGUCGGAAGUCGAAUUAGAGUGGGAGGAUGGGUUACUGGGACGGAGGUCAAGUCUCAGAUGUGCCCUGGAAUUUUUUUUUUUUUUUUUUUUUUUGGCGCAGCACCAGCACUGAGAGCCCCGCCACAUCCCACGCCUGCACUCUUAUCUACCUGUCUAGUGUUGGAAAUCAGAUGCUCUCCCUUUUUGAAAGUCACACAGACUCAAAGGCAACUGGAGCUCGUGCAAAUGUAUGCUUCUCAAUCAUGGAUCAGACGAGGGUCUGGGGGCAGGGGCCCCAAAAAGAGUUAAAUUAGCAAAUCACUCUUUUAAAAAAAAAAAACAAAAGCAAAGGCCUGGGUUGAAUAUGCACAUGCUAGUUCAUAUAUACAACAUACAUGUAUACAACCUAGAUUACAUAAUGGGUGUAUGUGUGUAUAUGGCUAGAUCUCUUUGUUUUCCACUUAGCCUAAGCCCCACAACCCCGCCCUGGCUUCGGCCCUCACCCUGUGUAUCCUCCUCAACAUUAUAUUUCCCAGAAGACGAGAUCGUAAACAUAUCAGAGUAAUACAAAAUAAUGAAAACAAAUACUUGAAUCAAAAGAAGCGCCAAUAAUGUAAUGUGAACACUUUUUUGUAGUGGUUUUUUGUCUCAUUCAUGAACUUCAGAGAUUUUUUGAUAGCAUCGGUUCAGAGUGAAUUAAAUUUGAAAAACGAGUGUUGUUGAAAACAAAGAUCGAUAUAAAGGCAAAUUUACAUCUGUUGUAUUUGAGUGUUUGCACAAGGCUGCUUGUACUGUAUGUUGUGUGAAUGAAUGUUUUGCGUGUGAGGUGACGACAUGUGUGAGAGCUCGUGAUUACAGCGGAGGGAAUUCCGCCUUGUGGUUCUUUUUCAAUUCAGUAUACUUUUGUUGUUGAUUUGUUUUCUUUUGUUUUUCUUUUUGCUCGUCAAAACUAUAUUCUGAUGUUAAUUGUUACUAGCCUCUAGCGUUGCACUGAGUGUCGGCCUCACCCCUCAUCCAGCUAAACGAACAACAUGAUACAAGUACUGAGGGGAGAUGGGGACAGUUCACGUGUAAAUGUUUACUCAAGGACUAAAAUAAGUGUGUUUUUAAAAUGUAAUGUUUAUCUACCUUAGUGGCUUUCAUUGUGGAAUAAUCCAAGAAAGUAUGGAUCAUAAUUGAGUAUUGCACCAUUUUUCGGACUAUAAACCUGAGGAAAAAAAACAAGAAAACUAUAAAAAAAAAACAAAAUUAAAAAAAAAGAAUCACAUAUGUAUAAAAAAAACAUUUAAAAAAAAAUCAGCAAAAACAAAGUAUUUUGCAGACCUGUGGCCAUAGAUUUGGGUAGAAGGACUUCAGCUCUCCCAAAUCUGAGCAACGGAGAGAUUGAAGGACAAGACAUCAGACUGAGCCUUGGCUUCUAGGGCUCACUUCAGAGGUGCCUACCUUUUUGGUUUGUUAGCUUUCGUUCUGUUUUCACUCAUGUUCAAUUCACUCAUAUUGUCAUUUGUUUUCCUGCAAGGCCACCGACAGUUUACAAACACUUUGUUUAUUUCUGGAGUUCAAAAAAAAAAAAUCAGCAACACAAAGGAAUUAAACCAUGGGGAUGUUGGAAAAAUAAAAAGGACAAAUGCUUCCAUUUAAAAAAAAAAAAAAAAAA